GGUCAAUGAAACAGACGCUGUCCCUGGACCCAGCUGACAGCAAAUGAGAGCAGGGGUAACGUCGGUAGCAGCCGUAGCAGAAUCUGAAUAGGUGUCCAUGAAUAAAAAUAAAAAAACGGGAAACAUACUAGCAGCAUUAAGACGCAGCGGCAUGGGCAUCGCAUGAACUACCGGGAAGUUAGAUCCGACCAGAGGCAGACUCUAUCUGUGCCCCUCUCCUCCCCUCAGUGUUGGUAGGCAGACCGAGACCGCUUUUUCACCCUUUACUAGGUCUUACACGCACAUUCCUGCAAACGCUCAGACACACAUUCUAUUUUCGGUCACAUCCACACGCACUCGGGCUCGCGGAUCAGACAGGCUCUCGCUCUCACACACACUUGCAUUAACUCGGGCACACAUUUACACACAACUCAGACACAAACACAGUCACUUUUAAACACACUCGGGUACUUGGGCACUGUUAUCCAAAUUCACACACACACACACACACACAAUCACGACUGCCAAGCAAGUAGCUUCUCUUGCGACCGGGUGCUUCUUAAGUAAAAAUCUAAAGCGCUGUAGGACCGGCAAAGCAAUUUCAACAAUCCGUGAGUCUCAACUGUCAAACGGGACCAGCGAUCUCGUAUGCAAGCCCCUUCCAUCGCGCUGCGUAGACUGCACGGGAGCACCAUGCAGCAUCCCCUCGCGGGCGGAACGUGCGUGGCGCUGCCGAACGUGGACGCGUGUCCGCAGCUCUCCUGUGCCUUGACGUUCAUGUACCUACAGCAGGGUAAUCAGGACGCCCCAGCCCCGCCAGAGACCAUGGCGCAGCCUUACCCCUCGGCCCAGUUUGCGCCGCCCCAGAACGGCAUCCCGGCCGAGUACACGGCAGCGCACCCCCACCCCGCCCCGGACUACCCCGGCCAGACCCCCGUGGGCGAGCACACGCUCAACCUGUACCCCCCUGCACAGACGCACAGCGAACAGAGCAGCGGCCCGGACGCCAGCGUACAGACAGUCUCUGGCACAGCCACACAGACAGACGACGCAGCACAGACAGAAAGCCAGCAACAGACGCAGUCAUCGGAAAACACGGAAAACAAGACGCAGCCCAAGCGGCUCCAUGUCUCCAACAUCCCCUUCAGGUUCAGAGAUCCUGACCUCAGGCAAAUGUUUGGCCAAUUUGGUAAAAUCUUAGAUGUUGAGAUCAUUUUUAAUGAGCGGGGCUCGAAGGGGUUUGGUUUCGUAACUUUCGAAAGUAGUGCAGAUGCGGACAGGGCGAGGGAGAAAUUACAUGGCACCGUGGUAGAAGGCCGUAAAAUAGAGGUUAACAAUGCAACAGCUCGAGUAAUGACAAAUAAGAAGACAGUGAACCCAUAUGCAAAUGGCUGGAAGCUGAAUCCAGUUGUGGGUGCGGUCUACAGUCCAGAAUUCUAUGCAGUGCCAGGCUUUCCUUACCCAGCAGCCACGGCGGCGGCGGCGUACAGAGGAGCACACUUAAGGGGAAGAGGGCGUACUGUCUACAACACGUUCAGGGCGGCUGCACCUCCCCCCCACAUCCCUGCCUAUGGAGGUGUCGUAUACCAGGACGGCUUUUACGGUGCAGAUAUUUAUGGUGGUUAUGCUGCCUACAGAUAUGCCCAGCCUGCUACUGCCACUGCGGCUGCCUACAGUGACAGUUACGGACGAGUUUAUGCUGCCGACCCCUACAACCACACACUUGCUCCAGCAGCAACAUACAGCGUUGGUGCCAUGAAUGCAUUUGCACCCCUGACUGAUGCCAAGACCAGGAGCCAUGCGGAUGAUGUCGGCCUUGUUCUUUCUUCAUUACAGGCUAGUAUAUAUCGAGGUGGAUAUAGCCGUUUCGCGCCAUAUUAAAAACAAAAACAAAAGAGGAAAAAAAAGAAAAAAUAAUCUAUUCAAAAACAAAAACACUAUGAAAAUCUUCCUUUGGGGGGAAAAGAGAGAAUAUUUCAGAGGCCUGGGUAUUGCAGUACACGCUGUAGUGCAUCGUUUUAGCAUCUCU